AUGCAGCUGCUGCAUCUGUCUUAUUCUGUCAGCAGCUGCACGCCUGCACUCAGCAGUCAGCAGUCAGCCAGCACUCAGCAGCAGACUGCAUACCAACAUAGAACUACCGAGUGGAGUCAGUGGAGACACGUCUAUAGUUGUUUUUGUUUAUAUUUCAAGAGCUGCUUUUUGAAAAUGAGGCGGCGAGCCGGGGUCGGUGCCAUUCAGAAACAAAAAUUGGAACAAGAAAAGUACAAAGACAAAGGGACGGUGAUUCAAGAGAAUCAGUUUGAACAGAUGACCAAACAAAUGGAAGUGUUCCGCGGGAAUUUGGAGGAAUUUGCCACCAAGUACAAAAACGAAAUCAAGAAGAACUCACAGUUCAGGCGACAGUUUCAAGAAAUGUGCUCGUCCAUUGGCGUCGAUCCGUUGGCCUCGGGAAAGGGCUUUUGGUCGGUCCUGGGCAUCGGUGAUUUUUACUACGAAUUGGCUGUUCAAAUCGUCGAAGUGUGCAUGGCGACCAGUUACAAAAACGGGGGUAUCAUUGGGUUGGACGAGUUAAGGGAUCGUCUGAUAAAAGCCAGAGGUCGUAAUAUACAGCAUCAAGAAAUCACGGUCGACGACUUACUGUGUGCUGCCAAGAAGCUAAAGAUAUUUGGCAAUGGUUUUUGCGUGAUACCUGUCGGCAAGGGCCAGUAUAUGGUGCAGUCUGUGCCCGGAGAACUGAGCAUGGAUCAGACAGCCGUGCUUAAACUGCUAUCCUCUUCUGGCAGUCCUUGUGUCAGUCUCUCUUCCCUCAAAGUACAACUCAAUUGGGAAGAGACGAGGGCAGUCAAUGCUAUCAGUCAAAUGGUGAUCGAAGGCCUGUGCUGGGUGGACAGUCAAAAUGAAGGUGAAUUCUCAUACUGGUUUCCGGCCAUGUUUAACGAAUGCAUAACGUCAUGA